GGGCAAGGAAGGAGGUGACGCGAAAAGCAGGCGCCCGUGUCGCGCUACCGCUGGGAGGAAGCUCGGCCGCCUCGCCGGCCGAAAGCAGGCCGGAACCCCGGUCGCUGGCCUGGCUUCUCCGGGUGUGGGCGUGGGCGUGGGCGAGGGCGAGGGCGAGGCAGCGGUCCGGGCCGCUGCAGCGUUCGUCCAGGCAGAAGGUUAGGUGCCGGGAGCAAAGAACGUACAUCUAGUUCUCAUUAUGCAUCAGAAAAAUGAAAAAACAGAAGAAAAUUCUAUGGAAGAAAGGAAUUCACUUAGCCUUUUCUGAGAAAUGGAAUGCGGGGUUUGGAAGCUUUAAGAAGUUCUAUUUUCCCCAAAACUUGUGCUUUCUGAAAGCUAAACUGGGAAGGCCAGUUGUUUGGCAUCGGCAGUUGAAGCAUUUCCAGUGUAAUAAGAAGGGUUUUCACAUCCAGAAAACAUGGACCCAGGAUGUACCACUUUGUUCAAAGACGAAGUCUGGAGUGGCUACUCAAAAUGUUAGUACUUUGUUCCCCAAAGUGAAAGGAAAGGACACUAAACACUUCAUUUCCUCCUCAAGGAGUCUCCUGAAAUUCCAAACAGAUAAAUUACUGUCUUCAACAAAGAACUUGGACCAUGAAUACUGUAGAGAGAAAAGCCUUCUGAAGGCAGUUACUGGCUUGUCAGCAAAUACUGUUUUAGGUAAGGCCAAUGGUCACAAACCUAGCACAGACCCACAAGCUUCAGACUUUCCCAUGAAGUUCAAUGGGGAGAGCCAAAGUCCAGGUGACAGUGGCAAGACUGUGGUCUUGAACAAACAUAGAAAGCAAGUUUGUUAUGGCUGCUACCAAGGGCUAGAGCACCACAGGAACAGGAGACCCCUGAUUCCAAAAAAGUUCCAACUUAACCAACAUCGAAGAGUCAAAGUGUCUCUUAUGAUGUAUGAGAAAUUAUCCAUGAUUAGAUUUCGGUAUAGGAUUUUCAGAUCCCAGCACUUCAGAACGAAAAGCAGAGUUUGCAAGCUAAGAAAAGCCCAGCGAAGCUGGGUGCAGAAGGUCACUGGGGACCAUCAAGAGAACCUUAGGGAUAUUAACACUGAGGGUGGCAAUUGCAGCUCAGUUCCUUCCCUAGAACCUAAAGACCCUUGUCGGUGUCAGCCAUACUUUCCAGACAUGGACAGCAGUGCUGUGGUGAAGGGAAAAAACUGUCAUGUGCCUGAUGGCCACACUAAAGAAAGCCCUGUCUUGGACAAGGAGCAUGGUUUAGAUGAAGCAUUCCCUGACCAGCAGAAUGGCAGUGCCACAUACACUUGGGACCAGGCAUCCUCUUCUCCUAAGUGGGAGUGUACAGAACAGAUUCAUGAGAUCCCUUUGAUGGAACAUCCUAGUGACAAAUUCACUCCGGAAACUGAAAGAGCACUUAUGACUCUGGGUCAGGAAAGUGGGACAAGUGCUGUCAGCGACGACAGAGUGAAACUGUCAGUGUCUGGAGCAGACAGAUCUGUGAGUAGUGUAGAUGGGCCUGUGUCUGAGGAGCCUGAUCAGAAUGAGAACUUCCAAAUGGAGGAGGAUGGGUCUCUCAAGCAGAACAUUCUUAGUUCUAAGCUGCUGGACCACCCUUACUGUAAAAGUCCACUGGACGCUCCCUUGGUAUGCAGUGACCUCAAAGUAGAAAGCCAAAUGGCAGGUGGCAGGAGCAGCCAGACAGCGUCUCCAGUGGAUGAUGAGCAGCUCUCGACCUGCCUUUCUGGAUUCCUAGAUGAGGUUAUGAAAAAGUAUGGAAGUCUGGUCCCACUCAGUGAAAAAGAUGUCCUUGGGAGAUUAAAAGAUGUCUUUAAUGAAGACUUUUCUAAUAGAAAACCAUUUAUCAAUAGGGAAAUAACAAACUACCGGGCCAGACAUCCAAAGUGUAACUUCCGAAUCUUCUACAACAAGCACAUGCUGGAUAUGGAUGACCUGGCGACUUUGGACGGGCAGAACUGGUUGAAUGACCAGGUUAUUAAUAUGUAUGGCGAGCUGAUAAUGGAUGCAGUCCCAGACAAGGUCCACUUCUUCAACAGCUUUUUCCAUAGACAGCUGGUAACCAAAGGCUAUAAUGGAGUUAAGAGAUGGACUAAGAAGGUGGACUUGUUUAAAAAGAGUCUCCUGUUGAUUCCCAUCCACCUGGAGGUCCACUGGUCUCUCAUUACCGUGACACUCUCCAGUCGGAUUAUUUCAUUUUAUGAUUCCCAAGGCAUUCAUUUUAAAUUUUGUGUAGAGAAUAUAAGAAAGUAUUUGCUGACUGAAGCCAGAGAAAAAAAUAGACCUGAAUUUCUUCAGGGUUGGCAGACUGCUGUCACAAAGUGUAUUCCACAACAGAAAAAUGACAGUGACUGUGGAGUCUUUGUGCUCCAGUACUGCAAGUGCCUCGCCCUAGAGCAGCCUUUUCAGUUUUCUCAAGAAGAUAUGCCUCGUGUGCGGAAGAGGAUCUAUAAGGAGUUGUGUGAGUGUCGGCUCCUGGACUGAGACUCACUCAGCAGGGACUCCAGAAGGCGCCAUGUUGGAGCAGAUGGUUUGUUACUUGAAUCUCCAGACACUUACUGAAUCUUUACAGAUAUUUCAGAUUGGUGGUAUUGGGCCACUUAUUGUUACCUCAGAUUUAUUUUUGCCCUUCAUUUCUCCUGCUAUCAUGUACUUUUUUUAAAUGUUCAAUUUAGUUUCAUUUUUAACUUUAUGGAUUCCAUAUGUCCCUCCCAUAUUUAAUAUUUAUUAUCCAAACGCAUGCAUAUAGACAGAGCAUGCAGUAAAGAGUAUUACAAAAAAAAAAAAGCCUAGUAGAUUUGGUGCAGCUUUUGAAACAUAGUUAGAUAUGAACUGAAUACCGGUUUAAAAGUUAACCCCAGAACCUAAAAAUGCAAGAUGUUUUUGAUACAGCAUAGCUCAGAGUAGAUGUUCCCUAUGGCAUAAAGGGUAGCUAGGGGUGCUGUGGAAAGCCAGUCACAUUUCAUUUAUACCAGCAGCAGCUUUGCUGAUAGUCCUCAGAGUCUCCACCAUGAGACAUAUUCCUUCUGAAGGUGAGAGGGGCUGUUUUGCUUAGGGAUAUGGUGCUUGCAAGCACAGUGCUGAUUUGAGAAGAGUGAAGGUAUGAGGGGAAAAAAGGCAGUGUCCUGGGUGCCAGUUACCUUAUUUUUUAAAAAUCUGGGGGAGGGUUGUUUUGUUUUGAGACAGAGUCUCACUAUGUAGCCCAAGCUGUUCUGGAGCUUACAGUAGCUAGGCUGGCCACAAACUCAAGCUAAACCUGUCUGUCUCCCCAGUGCUGGUAAUAUAGGUACAUACCAAUACACUCUACAGUACGAUUCCCAUUUUGGUUUUAAGAAUUAUAAUAUGUAGAUUAAAUCUCAUAAAGGCUUUUCCUGAGACAUUGAAUUUUCUUGGAUAUUUUUUUUUUUCUGGGUUUGACUUGUAAAAGAAAACUUAGCAUCCAUCAAACUCAUAGUUAAAUAAAUGAGAAUUUGGCUUUUCAUGGAAGUAAUUUGCUAGUUAUCAUCUCUCUGUGUUACUGCCCAUGUACUCCAAGGCAUUUAAGAUUUACCAAAAAUGUUCCUACUUCAAGGCAUAUAAAAUACAAACAUUCAAAGUAGAAGACUGGCAUAUGGUCUUUUGCAGAUGGUGGGAGAAGAGGGGAGGGAAGCAGCACUGAGGUCCCUGGGAGAACAGUGGCGAGGGAUGUUCUCUCCAGUCUUCUCUGGUGGUUCAGUCUCCCAGGGGGAUCUUUUGGCUUCCACAAGAACAAUCUGAAUCCUGUACUCAAGAACUGCCCUGUUGAUUGAACAGGCUGUACCGUAGUCCUGUCCUGUGGACUAGGACUGAAGUGGUAGAGCUUGCAUCUUUAAUCUGGCCUUUUGUGAUAUGUUUGAAAGGAAUGUAAGAUGCAUAUUAAGCCAAACCAUUUUUCUUUCUCCCAGAAUUGGAGGGAAGCAUAAGAAACUUGAGUAGAAAACUACCAAGUACAUGACAAGAGUAACAGCUUAGUUAGGCAUGAGAUGUUUGUAAAACAGAAAAGGCAAAAUGGCUGAGUAGGGCUUACUGCCUGGGGCAGUGAGUAGGGCUGGAUCACCUAGGUUUACAUGCAGGAUUCUCAGCAGCAGCACGGACACAGGGCAGUAGCCAUAGCACUCUUCUCUCCUCAGUUAGCCAGACUGAGUUCUUAGCAUAAAACCAGAUCAGCAUUUUUUUGUGCUUCAGGUCAUUAUAAAGACUGAGGUAGAGGCACUUUAUGUUGCUACAGGUUAAGGUUGUGUCACCACCAGGGAAGAUGAGAAUUUAGAUAGGGGAAGAUGUCUUUGUCUCUGUAGAGUGGACACUGGGGAGUGGACACAGCCUGUUUGUAUGUUAGGCAAGUGCCCCACCACCACUGGCCUACAAGUUUAGCCUUCUUUAUAUAUUUGUAUUUUGAGACAUGGUCUCAUGAUAUUGCCUAGGCUGGCCUCGAGUUUGCUCAGUGGCUGAGCCUGGUUUUCAGUCUAUAUUCCUGUUACCCAAGUAACUAGGAUUACAGGCCAGGCUGUUUGAAGAUGUUUGGGGAAGGGGUUUGGGGAGAAGGGUCUUCUGUGUCAGACAGCCUCAAAAAAAAAAAAAAAAAAAAAAAACUCACCGUGAAGCUGAAGAUGUCCUUAAUUUCCUAGUCCUCUCCCAGGUGCUAGGAUUAUAGGUCUCUGUCACCAUGCCCACCUAAGGAUGAAGUCUUAAGACUUUCAGACAUAAUUAUACCAGCAUGAGCUUCUUCAAAAUUUAUGUGUAAGACGCUACUGUGGAAUUUUGUUGGUGUCCCUAUACUGAAAUAGCCAAUAGUAAGAUGACUGAUUCAAAUGUCUUAAGGAAGUAUCUCACUUCCCCAGUCAGACAAUUCGUGCACAAGUUACAGUUGUGUUCCUUUGAGAUUCUUGUUUAAACAGGGUCUUUUGUUUAGCCCAGGCUGGCCUCAUACUUGCAGUCCCUUUGCCUCAGCGUUCCAGAUGUUUAGAUUACUUGGUGCAUCAGCAUGACCAAUGCCUGGGACAGUCAUCAUGCCCCAAGCCUGAGUUGCCACUUCUCUAGUCUGAGAAGCUGUCUGAUAUAUCAGCUGUGAGGUAUGCAGGAAUGAACAGACUCAAGCCAUCCAGGUUCACUCUUUCCUGUCUAGCAUGAUAGGACACCUUCAGUUGUACUAUUCAGCUUGCCUUAGCCUCCAUGCUGGGGGUUUUCAGUAUGUUCUAUACCUGUUUCUGUUAUUAGUUAGACGUGGUUUCAUCACACAAUUGUUCUUUCUCUUCUUGUAAUUACAUGUAAACCUCUGUUUAGCUUUCAAAUCCUAGAUUGCAGAAUCUUUUGAUGUUUGCAGUAAUGCUUUACUGUCACUGGCUUGGCACUGAAUUUUGAUACCCAUAAAGUACUACAGACUUUAUGUCACUGGGGAUGAAUGUAAGCCUUGCACAGACUUAGAGCUAUUCAUAUAUGUAUGAAGAGCCUUCAGCAAGCUGCCCAGUCCUCAUGGGCAAACUUAACCUGGCUGUAGUUGCGUCUUCCAGUAGCAUUUCCUUUUGUUAAGCCUCUAGCAAUCAACAUAGACUUAAUUCAUCUUUCAGUUUCCUUAGGCAUCAUGGAGAUUUAACUUUCAUUUGGCCUCUCAAGAAAGAGAAAAGUUGCUGCCAGUAACUUCACAGCACAUUUUUGGCUUUGCACUGUAUUCUCUGUUUACUAUUGAACAUGAGUAACAUGGUCAUCGUGAGUUUAUGGUUGGAAUGCAACAGUAACAGAGCUAACUAGGGACACAGCCGGUACUAGUCUGAUGUGACUUGUCCCUUUCCUCUGCAGCUGGGGCUCACUGCUUCUUCCCUGCCUUAGGAGCCAUUGGGGGUCUGAGUGGGUCAGAGACCAUGAGUUAAUAGUGUCAAUUAAAUACACUGAUUUAUCUGCUGUGCUUCGUUAUGUUAAGAGACCAAGUUAAUCAACAAUUAUAAAGUACAUAGUUUUGCUAUGUGCUAGGCUCUGCCUCCUGGCUGGUAGAUAUCUAAGAUCCGAGGAAUAGCAUCCAAGAAAUGCUAUUGUAUUUGGGGGUUACAAAAACAGACCUAGACAAGUUGUUCACUUGAAUGAUACCUGUUGGUCAGAAAGAUUUUAUUACAAGAUUAUGAUCAUGUAAAAUUAGUCAGUACUCAACCCUUCUAGCAAAAUAUUUUUUUGAAAAAUAAAACUAAAUGCCUUUAUAAACA